AUGGAAAAGGCGAAGGCGUAUAUCAAGAGCUCCCUGAGCGGCGGAGGGGCGGCCGCGUCCCCCGCGCCCCGCGACCCCCCCGCCGAGGAGAGGGUCUGCUUCGUGUGCGGGGGGGCGGGGCUGGGGGACCAGUACACCAUCAGGGUGAAGCCAGACCCGCAGCAAGCCUCGGAGCCGUACUUCCCGUUCCUCUGCGGCCACUCUCCUCCGCUGGGCUACCGGUCGGAAGGCGACCACGAAGGCACUGUGAGGGCCUGCUGCGUGUGCUACACGUUCCUCAGACAGCAGUGGGAACAAUACGACAGAGAGAACAAGCCGCACAGCCAACGGUUCUACUGGAUGAAGAGGCUGGACGGGAAGCCGUUCAUAGGAGCGGAUAUGUCAUUCCAAGGGGAGUACGCCGCGCAAGUGUUGGGGCUCGGGGCGGAGAGGGAGGAGUCCAGGACGAACGAAACGGCUCGGGUUACAGCUGAUACUAAGGAUAAGUUUACACACCAGCAGCGCUUCCCUCCCACCAGUAACGCGACCGGUGCUGUUGCCGCUGGUGAAGAGGAGGUUCUUGACCUCCGUUGCGAGCCGUCUGUGAUCUCUGUAGGCUCUCAAGCGUCAGGCGCCAGCGAACCCCCCGGUUUCUUAGAAGCAGUUCAUAGCACGGUCCGUUCUAACGCGUCCGUGUACUCGGCUGCCUCAACCUCCUCCUCCGAGAGGGACAUCCUCGACCUGUCCAUGCCAGACAAGAACUGUAUGACGGAGGUGUGCUAUGUGUGUGGAGAUGAAUACAGGAGGGGCUCGCUAGCCAACCUGCUCACCAACGAACCAAAGGAUAAGGCGAGCAAGCAGGCGUACUUCCCCAUCUUCGGCGAGCAGCACCCUCGGCCGGCUCGCUCGCGGCCCAAGGACGCGGCGGGCACGGUCCGCGCAUGCGCCGCCUGCCACCACCACCUGCUGCAGCAGUGGAACGUGUACCAGAUGCGCGGCGUGCCGGCCCACGAGCGCGUGUACACGCUUCGCACCCGCCCUCCCUCCCUGCUGCCUCCGUCCCCGCUGAGCCUGGCGUCGUCUGGGGACAAGUCGGUGGUUGCGCAUGCGCACUCGCCGUCCCUAGACCGGCCACCUUCCCAAGCGACGGCCAGCUUCGUGUGUUACGUGUGUGGAGUGUCAGCUCCUAGUAGUCAACUGCGGCUGGUGUACUGCUGCCCCAACCCGGAACGCGAGCCCUACUACCCCUUCAUCACCACCCUCAAGCCUCACACGGACGCCAGCCCCAUCAGCCCGCAAGGUCAGACGAUUCAAUAUUAA